UUUAGCGGUAGGACGCCGCCUUUCUGGAAUGAGGGUAGCAGCGUCUUCGGCGGCAAAUUUAGUCGAAAGCUUGCUGCCAUGGAUGACCAAGGUUGCCCCCGGUGCAAGACCACCAAAUACAGGAACCCUUCUCUCAAGCUGAUGGUCAACGUUUGCGGACACACGCUUUGUGAAAGCUGUGUGGAGUUGCUAUUUGUUCGGGGAGCUGGGAAUUGCCAAGAGUGUGAUACCCCUUUGCGGAAGAGCAACUUCAGAGUACAACUCUUUGAGGAUCCAGCUGUUGACAAGGAGGUGGAAAUCCGUAAGAAGGUGCUGAAAAUAUACAAUAAAAGAGAGGAUGACUUCCCCAGCUUAGGAGAAUAUAAUGAUUUCCUGGAAGAAGUGGAAGAAAUUGUAUUCAACCUCACCAACAAUGUUGAUGUAGAAAGCACAAGAAAGAAAAUGGAAAUAUACCAGAAAGAAAACAAAGAAGUUAUUCAUAAAAAUAAGAUUAAAUUGUCUCGAGAACAAGAUGAGCUGGAAGAGGCACUGGAGGUUGAAAGGCAGGAGAAAGAACAGAGGCGGCUUCUUAUACAAAAGGAGGAACAAAUGCAACAGAUGUUGAAGAGGAAGAAUAAACAGGAACUUCUGGAUAAGUUGGAAAGUUCUCAUCUGCCAGCUUCUUUGCUGUUAGCCCAGCAUAAAGAUCGGUCUACACAGCUAGAAAUGCAACUGGAGAUUCCCAAACCUGUCAAACCAGUGGCAUUUUCAACAGGCAUCAAAAUGGGUCAGCAUAUUUCCUUAGUGCCUGUUCAAAAGAUUGAAGAAGUACUCUAUGACUAUAAUCCACUGCAUGUAGAAACAUAUGGACCAUUGGUUCCAGAGGUGGAAUUGCUGGGAAAAUUAGGGUAUCUAAACCAUGUCCGAGCUGCUUCCCCACAGGAUCUUGCUGGUGGCUACACUUCCUCUCUUGCCUGUCAUCGAGCCCUUCAAGAAGCCUUCAGUGGGCUGUUUUGGCAUCCUGGCUAGCUGGGGGGUAACAGACAACAAAGCAGAGCAAGCAAAACUCAGGUGAAAAUUGUUGCCGUCUGCACUAUGGCUAAACUGCAAUCAUCUAUCUUUAAAAAAAAAAGACAUUGUAAAGCCAGCUAUACUUAAGUUUAAAAAUUCACUAUAUAGAAACUUUAUUUAGAAAAAAUGGUGGUGUGUAUGUGUCUUUUCUUUUCUGUGGUUUGAGGAUGGGAAUGGGAGAUGCUUUAUGUCACUCUUCUGAGAUGUUAAUGGAAGAUGUGAGCAAUCAUUUCAUGUAUUUAAGGUUUCUGAAACAGACUAGUAAUUUAAAAAAAAAAUCCAGAUGUUGUUGUUGUUGUUAUUUUUCAUAGUUUCUAUAUCUUCUUUUCAGGUUUCUAUUUACAAAACCACUGAAAUGCUGUUUUCAUUAAACCUGUAUAAUACAA